GGGGGGAGAGUCUAAUAAGGUCGCACCAGGAACGGCCGUGAGCAGAUCGAUUCAGGUUCGAUGCGUGCCAUUGAUUGAUUGGCAAAGCAAGGACAUGAGCCCGUUGCUCCUCAACAACCCCCACCUCAGGUAAACAGCAACAACCAGCAACCAAUACCUAGGUACCCAGAGCCAGCCCGUUCCGUUUCAUAGUGGGAAGGUGUUAGCUUACUGUACGGAGUGUUUCUUUUUCUCUACCUCAUUAGCUUGCGCCUGCUUGUUUUGGCUGCAUGUUGUGUUGAUUCUUUCCCUUGCGUAGGCGGAGAUUGGCUGUGCUGUGCGACAACCUCUUUUCUAUUCUCGCAUUUAUAUGAGCACAUUAUCAUCUCCCUGCUUGUUUCUUAUUUCCCUCCCUUCUUUUCUUCUUUUUCUCAUCUAGUGCACACUGUUUCUCUUCUGCGAAGAAAAAAGUCGCGGCAACCGAGACAGAUAUUUACCACGAACCCGGUUCGAAAUAAGACUACGAUUUCUUAGUGGUGGGGUUGCUGCUAAUCGACACCGCCAAACUACGAUAUCCGAAUUGGAAGCGGGUUCAGUUCGACAUCACGCGCCGUUGCGAAACCGUUGACCCGAAUAAGAGGCCCUGAAGCGAUUGCCAACCGAUUGAUACUGCUUCGAGUCAAUAGCAGUCGGCGAAUUCGCAGCGACAACGUCACUCAACCGCGGGGCAAACAUCGUUAGUUACCCGAAAACAUAAGCUUCCCCACGAACCUACACAAUGGCAGAUCGCGAGCAUGAGGUUGACGACGCGAAUGAAGCGCUUGACCCGGAGCUUCUCUACUCCAAGGAAUACUGCAUUGGUGGUGGCAGUUUCGGCAAAGUUUACAAAGGAGUCGAUAAACGAACGGGCCAAGCUGUAGCGAUCAAGGUCAUUGAUAUAGAGAGUGCCGAAGACGAGGUCGAGGAUAUUAUCCAAGAAAUCGCCAUUCUGUCCGAGCUACAAUCACCAUAUGUCACCAAGUACUAUGGAUCCUAUGCGAAAGGUGCCGAGUUAUGGAUCGUGAUGGAGUUCUGUUCGGGAGGAAGCUGUGCCGACUUGAUGAAGCCGGGAUUGAUUGGAGAGGACUACAUCGCCAUCAUUGUGCGCGAGUUGCUCAUGGGUUUGGAUUAUCUCCACACAGACAAGAAGCUACAUCGAGAUGUCAAAGCUGCCAAUGUGCUUCUUAGCAGCAAUGGUCAAGUCAAACUCGCCGAUUUUGGCGUGUCAGGUCAGCUUUCUGCUACCAUGACCAAGAAAAACACAUUUGUUGGAACACCUUUUUGGAUGGCCCCAGAGGUCAUUAAGCAAUCUGGGUAUGAUCAUAAGGCCGAUAUUUGGUCUCUUGGUAUUACAGCUCUCGAAUUGGCCAAUGGAGAGCCUCCUUAUGCCGAUAUUCAUCCUAUGAAAGUGCUCUUUCUUAUUCCAAAGAACCCUCCACCACGGCUAGAGGGAAAUUUCACCAAAGCCUUCAAAGAUUUCAUCGAAUUAUGUCUCCAGCGAGAUCCCAAAGACCGACCAACAGCCAAGGAUAUGCUGCGACACCCGUUUAUUAGACGGGCAAAGCGGACAACUUACCUGACUGAGCUUAUCGAGAGGCACCAACGCUGGGCAGCUACUCAUAAGGGAGAGGACGAUGACAACUGGGAUUCGGCUAACAGUGGACGAGCUCCUGCAGAACGUGAGCGAGUUGACGAAGAUAUGUGGGAUUUCGGCACGGUGAGACUUGUUGGCGAGCGUGGCGGCAUUGUUAAUCGACCAGGUCUCAACCAACUGGAUGAGAACGCAACAAACGCACGUGCUUCUAGACCACUAGAGAGCGAGGAAGACUAUGGCGAGCAACGACGAGAUGCAAGCCCAACCAAGUCAAGAGAUUUCGCCCUUCAAUCCCUUGAGACUGUCAAGGCCAACCCAGGCUCAAGGCAGUCUAGCCCCCAACGAAAGGCUGUUCCUCAAUCUCAAUAUCAGCAGCCACUCCCAUCGCCUACGAGGGCACUGCCUCAAACUCCCCUGAAGCUCCCUCCUCCAAGGGAUAACGCCGAGACUCCUCGCCCAUUGAGAAUAAACCCCCCUGCAAUAGUGCAGGAGUCUCCAGAGUAUGACCGGGAGCUUCAGAGCCAACUACAGCGUGAUAUUGGCAUGCUCAAUCUAGAUUACGAACCACAGACUGAGAGGAAAGCCAGUCCACAGAUCCAGCAGGCCCAGCCACCACAGUGGUCAUUACCACCUGCUCCUCCGGCCCAUCAACAACGACCAACAACAACCAAGCAGAUGAGCCUACCUGAGAUACCUCCAUACAGGCCAAACCAAGCCCCCACGCAGCAAAGGGUACCUUCAUUGCAACAGACUUCUGUGCCUCAAGUUCACACGCCCCUCCCAGGGGGUGCACAAGGCCCUCGACCUCUUCCAUCAAAAGCUCAGUCGCCCAGCCCAUCGGAUUUCAACACGCCGUCGGCUUUCCCUACACCCGCACCAGCCAAUCCCAAUGGGGAGCUGGAUGCUCUGAACGAUGUCAUAUUCCCAGCCCUGGAGGAGGCGCUUAAGCGGCGACAGAUAAACCUGCAGCAGAUGUAUAAGCCAGGACAGAACCCAGCUCAACUGACACCCCAACAACAACGCGCCGAAGCUUCUCACGAAAAGUUACGAAAAUUGGUUUAUAAGCUGGCACAUGUCUGCAAAGAGAUUGAUCAUUAUGACAAGGCCGAGCCUGUUGGGAUGGGCAGAGAGGUUGGCAGUUUUCUCGAGGGGCUUCUUGAGGAGAUUCUGGUGAGAGUCGAGCCUUUGGAUGAGGAUGAGGAAGUGCCCGCUUCAUGAUGAGUGUACGUUGUGUGAUGAGCCAUGUGAUUAAGAAGCGCUGAAGAGUGUUUUGGAGUUUGGGUUUGACAUUGUAUAUGGCAUUCUGGCAGGUUGAUGAUAAAAGGACGGAAUAGGUUAGCAUGACGAGUAUAAAGCGAUAUGACAUGGCUGAGAAUAGCUGGUAUAACAUAGAUGCCAGUCUGUUGUGAUUUUGAGACAGGGUCCAGCGAUGUUUGUUUGUGGCAUGAGAGGUUAUCGAGGACUAUAUUAGGCUGCAGGAGUAAAUGAAGUUUUGAGUUCAUGAUCUUCAAGAGCAUAUGAUAACAUAGGAAUUGCGCA